AUGUUUUGGCGUUUCGGAGGAUAUGCAAGUAUCUCCAGCAUUGAUACCCUGCUUGACAAACCCCACGUCAGCCUCGAGGAGCUGUUGGACGAGUCGGAGCUGAUCCAGGAGCUCAAGCAACACAAUACGAAGCUCAUAGAGUAUUUACGAGAUGAUAAUGUCUUGAAACGUCUUAUGGACUAUGUGAUCGCCCCGAGUCUGGUGAACGACGAUGAUGAGGAUGAACCCGACGACAGUAAUGCUGCGCCCGCGUCGAAGGACGCUUCCGCCGAGGAGGAGAAGCGGGGUGAUCCGCUGAAGGACCUUCUGGGCCCGGAGGAUCUGGACAAGGCGGAGAAAGACCGCCUGAAGAGAGCCUACGUUGCCUGUGAGAUCCUCUCGUCGGAGAUCUGGUCGAUACUCGAGUCGAUUAUGCUCAAUCCCGGCUACCUUCGGGAUUUCUGGGGUUUCGUGAGAAGAUCGCCGCCGUUGGAUUCGGUCCAAGCGAGUUACUUCACGAAAGUAAACGAGACCCUGUUUGACAAGAAGACGAGCGAUAUGCUCGAGUUCUUCAAGUCGCUGGAUGGCAUCAUCCCCGCCAUUCUACAGCAUGUGGACAAUCCGAUGGUUAUGGACCUUCUACUGAAGAUCAUUAGUCUCGAGAAGGCGGAAGGAGGCCAGGGGAUCGUUGAUUGGCUGCAAACGCAAGACCUCAUACCAAUCCUUCUCUCGUUCCUGUCCACCGAUCGCCCGGCAUCGGUUCAGACCUCGGCGGGCGAUUUCCUCAAGGCGAUCAUCACCAUCUCUGCGAAUGCUACGCAGAAUGACCAGUCGUGUAUUGGGCCCAACAGCUUGACCCGCCAGUUAGUCUCUCAGUCAUGCGUGGAGAGUCUCAUCAAGGCCAUGCUCCAGGGAGGAAACCCUUUGACUGUUGGCGUUGGUAUUGUUAUUGAGGUGAUUCGAAAGAACAACUCCGACUAUGACCCGGAUAAUAUCAAUGGUCCCGACUCGAUGCCAACCACGUACGACCCCAUCUAUCUCGGGAACCUCUUGCGGCUGUUCGCAAAGCACAUCCCGGAUUUCAUGGCCCUCAUCCAAAGCUCGAAGCACACUGUCAGUGAUGGCGGGGAGGUCAAGAGCGUGGAACGAGGCCGGCUCACGUCAGCCUGGGGUGCUAAGAUUGAACCGCUAGGAUUUGAUCGCUUCAAGACUUGCGAGUUGAUGGCCGAAUUGUUGCACUGCAGUAACAUGGGUCUUUUGAACGAGCCGGGUAGCGAUGAGUAUGUGCAGCAACGCGAUGCUGAACGUGAACGACUGGUCCGGGAGGGUGUUUUCAACCCGCAUCAAGAAGGCUUUGGUUUCGACGGCAAUGAUUCGACCGCUGAUUUCGUCAAUGGGUCGAUCCUCGGCGAUGUUACCGCAGAAGACUCCAAGGUGCUCGAGUCCUCGGCGAAUACCGGUGAAGAUGGAUUUGAAGAUGUGAGCUCCUCCGGCGUCCUUGUUGAUAAGGAAAAAGAUGCGUCCGAUGAGAAAACCCCCAGUGCUCAAGAACCGGCAUCUCAGAACACAACUUCGCAGACAGAAGAAGAAUCUUCCUCGGCUUCUGAACAGGCUACAGCCAAGGCACCGGGAACUAAAUGCCAGGACCAAAAGGAUACAGCCACCACAGACACGACCAAAACGAACACACCUCCUUCCGACCCAAUGUCACCUACAGCAUCAGGGCUCACAGACCGCAUCGGAGAAGUAUCCCUUGACAGCCAAUCCCCCAAGGAAGCAUCGCCAGAGAUGAAGUCUGAGGAAACGACAACCGCGCCUCAAAGCGAACAGGGUCAGGAACCGGCGUCCGCCCCCAUGGCAUCCAACCCCGAGGCCGUGCCGCCGCCUCUUUUUGCUGCGAAGUCUCAGAGUCCCGAAGAAAACACCCCGAGUCCUGAUACUGCUGGCCAGGUCGGCGAUGCUUCGGGUCCGGCAGAGUCUGCGCCGCAGUCUACAUCUCAGGAAACCGAGGAGGAAUUCCAGCAUCACCUGCACCCAGACGUCCAGGUUGACCCCAGUGGCCGGCCAGUUGUCGGUGAUUACCUGAAACUCAUGUUUGUGAAGAACCGGGUUGUCCCCACGAUUCUGGAUUUCUUCUUCCGUUUCCCUUGGAACAACUUCCUUCACAAUGUUGUGUAUGAUGUUAUACAACAAGUCUUCAAUGGCCCCAUGGAGCGUGGAUACAACCGAGCGUUGGCUGUCGACGUGUUUGAAACCGGCCGGAUAACCCAGGAAAUUGUGGAUGGCCAGAGAAGAAGCGAUGCCGCACAGCGUGCCAAGAAGAUCCGACUUGGAUACAUGGGUCACUUGACGCUGAUUGCUGAAGAAGUUGUCAAGUUCAGCGAGCGACACCCGCCGGAGUUGUUGUCUCCAACUGUGAUGGAGCAUGUAUUGAAUCCUGAGUGGAUUGAAUACGUCGAGCAAACCCUGUCCGAGACUCGUGAGCGUGACAACGCCAUCCUCGGUGGAGUCCGCCCUGACAUGUCGGUUGGAAGUCGCCAGGGCAUGCUCAACUCUGGUCAAAGCAUGAAUGCCUCUUCCGCCCUUGCUGAUGCCGGCCUCAACGGGGCAGCUGGAGGCUCCAACUUCCAGGGAUUUGAUAUGAACCAGGGUAGUGUGUCCGGCGGAGCGUUCGGUCUUGGUGCCGGUGGCGGCAGUUCUCUUCUUAGCGGAUUUGCUAGCUCCAGCGAUGACGACGAGGACGAGGAGAUGGAGGACCAAGAAGAUAGGAACCCGGGCGAACAACCUGCCGAAGGCAGUUCUGAAAAUGCCUCCAGCCAGCCUAUUCCCAUUCUUCCUCCGCCCCCGGCUCCUUUGAGUCUCGGUCCGUCUCGAGCGCGAAGGCAAUUGGCAGCCCGACUUGCUCUUCAGAAGCAGCAGGCGGCCGAGAACAGCGACAAUAAGGACGAAGACAAGCAAGCGGGCGCCCUUGAGAACACCGACUCCCAGUGGCCGUCGAAUCCGUUUGUGAUUGCCGGACUGGAGGACGACGGCGAGGGAGCAGACUCACCUGCCAGGUCCGCCUUCCCGUCGACUGAUUUCGCCCCAACGCACAAGGACGAAGCGUUCUCGUCGCCUACGUUCCCCGAGUCCGGAUUCAGUCCGCCCGACUCCUUGUCAACCAACUCGUCGGAUGAUGACGGCGAAGGGCGAUCACAAGGAGGACGACGUAAAGAGCGGGUUCCUCUGGAGGUUGAUGACGAUGAUGACGACAUGGGAGAGAUGGUCGGCCCAUCGCUUGGGUCUGAUAUGAUGGACUCCGAUGAAGAGGACGAGGCCAUCAUCAACGAAUCAUUAGGAUACCCCAAUUUAGGCCCUGGACGGUACAAGAAUUUCCGAAGAUCGCGCUCCGGCGAAUCUCCCUUUGGCGAUGAUCAGGAUGACAGCAGCGAUGGCGAGGACGACGGGCUAGUCGAGAUUCUGGUUCCCGGGAGGAAGUCCUGA